UUUUUUUUUUCGUGUGUACCUUGCGAGUAAUGAUGACUGUUUCUGAUAAUUUAGAACCGCAGCAAGAACAACAACAACAACAACAAGAUGCUACGAAAAAAGACAUGACUAAAAAAAAGGCAAUCAAGCCUACUAACAAGUACAAAAGAGAGACUAAUCAACGCUUUCCUAAUUAUCAUCAUUCAAUGAGAUACUAUCAUGAAUCUUAUCCAACGUCAUAUAUCUAUUAUCCUCCUCUUAAUCAUUAUUACAGAACACCUUUUGAAAGCAAUACAAACACACGUGAUGAUGAAGACUUGGAGAUUAUAAUGCAUGAUGAAAGUAGUAGCAGUUUAAAUAAUACAAGCUCCGUGGAAACAUCCCUCAGAAGCUCCGAUCAAAAUAAAACAGUCGAUUUGAAAAGACAAUUGGAAUAUUAUUUUUCUAGGCAAAAUCUUGUCAAUGAUACUUGGUUGGUGUCUCAAAUGGAUUCAGAACUAUAUGUGCCUAUUUCACUCAUAGCCAAUUUCAAACGUGUGCGUGAAUGGACAACGGAUAUCGAAUUAAUUGUGAAAACAUUACGAGAAUCUUCAGAAGUCACAGUGGACGAGACAGGCACUAGAGUCAAACCCAACAUUUCAGUGCAACGAAAGACAGUGAUAUUAAGAGACAUGCCUGACUGCACAGAAGAGGAGAUAAAUCAACUGCUAAAAGACUUGAAUUCUCCACCUGUUCAGUCGAUAAAGAAAGAUAUUGGUAAUAUGUGGUACUUUACAUUUGAAAGUGAGGAUGAUGCUUUGACAUUACUUUCAAGUGUAAGAGGAAAGUCAUUUAAGGAUCAAGCAAUUGCUGCUCGAAUGAAAUCUGAGCCUACAUUACGAGUUCAAGCACGAACACAAGACACUGUAAAGCCAUCCAGUUUAAUACCCGAGGUAUAUCCUCCUUACAGUGGAUACUAUUAUCCUUCCUUUAUGAGUCCUUAUUCAAACAGCCCAAGACAUAAUCAUUCAUAUCGGCCUUCGGUCAAGAAGCCAUUUUACAACAAUAUACGCCAACAAAACAAUUAUUAUCAUCAACAAAAUAGACCCAAUGCACAAAAAGAAGAUAUCCAUGUACGCAAUGGCAAACAACAAGAUAAUCUAUUACCUUCUGAUUCUUCAAAGCAACAACGCCCAGCCUAUCGAAACAACAAUAAUGUACAAAAAUCUUAUCACAACAAUAACAAACAACACAAUCAUAAUUUCAGACAAUCACAGGCUAACAAUGCCAAGCUUAAUACGAAAGAUAAGCCCAUAAUAACAGCAAAAGAACAAGAAAAAAGCGAAUCACUCAAGAACGAAAUUCCUUUGAAAAAGAAACCGUAUACCAAGAAUCAAAAAUACAACAAAAAAAACAAGAAAGAAGAACAAGCCAAAGAACUCAAACCAGUACAUUUCCCUCCCUUGUCCAAUCAAUCGUUUGAAGUUGAUCUAAAAAUGGCUUUGCCAACUACUGAUGAUGAAGACAUAUUAAAAGCUAAAGACAGAACUAUAGUAAGCUAUGCUGACAUGUUAAAAAAAUAAGAUAAUGAACAAUAAAAUAUGUGUUUUUUUUCAACUAAGAA